GUAAUAAGCAUUUUAAAAUUUGCAUGUCGGUUACAAUAUUUGACAGUCAACGUGAAGCUGGCGUUUUCUCUUGGAAUUUAAUUUUCCGUAAAAAAUGAGGAACCUUAUGAACAAUAUUUUGGGCGUACCUAUUAGCUUAUAUCGUCUGACGGAACCUUAUGGCUAAAUAAUCGGUCCUCUAGCUAUGACUGUCAUGUCCUAGAUACGCCACUGCGCGACCAAUAGCAAUUCGAGAAAAAAGUCAAGUUUGUAGAUUUUAGCGUAUAUAUAUUAUAUAUAUAUUUGUAAUCGACUCCAAAUAUAAUUUGAGGUUAAGCCUUGUACGAUAUACGCGGAUAAACGAGGUUUUUAUUGCGACUAGAAUUUCUUGUGAACCACUCGGGCGGAACUCUGCAGGGUUAAGGCUUUCUCCAUGGCGAGUUGGCAAGUUUUUUCACAAAAAGACGACGUUAUCGCUUUCCUUUCUGAAAUAACACAUUCACUUCACAAAUUCUAUAUGAACAUAUCUUUUAAAUUCAGAGUUCUUAGGCAUUGGUUAAUAUAUUCUUGCUAUAAUGACGUGUAAUCUGUCAGGAUUUUUUACUUUAGCUACAGUGGUAAACGUCCCACAAUGGGGGAAUAGGUGUUUAUGAUUAUGAAUGGUCUACGCGCCAUUGUUUUAGGAGCAGCAGCAAAAUAACAGCUAAUCUAUUCAAAAACGUGUCGAAAUGAAUGCUUUAUUAAAGUAUAACUUUGAAUUUCUAAAUUCAGAUGUAAUAGACAAAUCAGAUAGUGAUGGCACAAAAAUAUCCAGAUCAUGUUGCAUGUGUAUCAUUUAAUCCUAAUUUUUCCGGCAGAACUAGUGAAGUUAAUCUCAAAUCAUCUUCAAAUGUCACAAUCAUCAACAGGAACAAGAAUGGAGCGCAGGGUACUACAUCAUUAGCAGCUGUGGCGGUCGGAAAUACUGACGUCAAGAAUGAAGAUGGAGGUCAUAUUAAAAUUAUUCAGGGCUCGGACGAUGAAGCGGAAAGACAUAGGCCAUCUCCCGGAUUGGUGGCCGAAUUGAAAGAAGUUCUUUCAACAUUACCAGAUGAUAGGUUUGACUGUUUCAUCAAAAAGUUGCAUGAUAUUGGCAUUUACGGCUCGGAAGAUUUUUUUGAGAUUCCUCUGGAAGAUAAUUCAUUAAAAGGAUUAUUGCCAAGAGUUCAACAAACAAAAUUCAUGCGCUAUGUAGAAAGUUUACACAAAGGAAAUGCAAAUGAUACCAACAAAGUUGUCACUCAAGCCUAUAACGAUGUCAACUUCCGGCUGCCGUACGACUCAAAUGAUGACGCGCCUCAACUCGAAGACAGAUGAGAGAAAACAUACCAAAAUAUCAAUCUAUUAUUAUUAUACCUUCAUUCUACUGUAAUUACAAACAGUUCCAUUCCAUUGUUUUAAUGCGAGCCAUUACCGGUCAACAAAGUUGUUUCAUUGUCCAAUUAAGAAUUUUUAACUCUGAACUAUAUAACUUUGAUUGAAAUACAGAAAUGCAAUUUUAUCGUAACACAGAUAUUCGCGAAUUCUGUAAAUUUAAAUAUCUGUGGGUAUAAAAAUAUACUGGUUCAAAUCUUCUGUUUGCACCUUAUGAGAACGUUGGUUCAGAGAUCAUGGAUUAGUACGACUCUAUAUUAGACGUUCCUAUAUAGUCCUUACCAUGCAGUUUUUGUUUCAGUGAUAUUUUGGUAUUUCAAUAAAAAAAUAUAAAUUUGCACCACGA